AUGGCACACAACCCCGACCUCACCAGCAGCAUUACCAUGCAUCCACAUCCAUUCCACCUCCACCCGAAUCGAUCGGAGCAUGCGACCAGUCGAACACACACUCCCAUACAAUCUACAUCUUUCGCAAAGCCAGGCGCAAGCACUGCCUUUGAAGCGGUCACUCCCAACCCCGAAGAACACGAUCCCAUUUCACGGCACACCUCUACUGUAUUGAACGACCUGGAAGAACAGAGAUCUCCGCGAUACACCCGCGAGAAUGAUCCAUACAAGCUGUCUUCGGCAUUCAAAGAUGCAGGCGAGCUGCAGCUUAUCGCGGCGAAUACCUCUCGGAAGCGCGAUGGCUGCGGGCCUAUCAAGUUCAACCGGGAUGCCAAAAGGGCAAGGCUGGUCCAGAAGUUCUACGAGAGCCAGAAUGAGAAUAUUGAGCGGAUGCUCAAGCCUGUAGAGGCCCAUUGCGCGGAGGCAAGGGAAGAAGCUGGCGAGGACCGACUGAAAUGGCAAAUUGCCGUAUACGGGUCCUUUGGUGCAAAUAUCGUCCUGGCUGGCUUGCAACUCUAUGGUGCUGUGACUUCAGGCUCACUCUCCCUGAUUACGACUAUGGCGGAUUCUAUAUUUGAUCCGAUGUCGAAUAUCACCUUGAUACUUACCAACCGCGCUGUCAAGCGUGUCGAUCCAAACCGUUUUCCCUCUGGUAAAGCCCGCUUAGAGACAACUGGGAACAUAGUUUUCUGCUUUAUCAUGACAACCGUAUCAUUCAUCCUCAUUGCAUUCUCAUGCCGCGAGCUUGCCGAUCCUCCCCAGGGCGAAGUCAAGAAAUUUCAUCUUCCAUCCGUCAUUGCCGUUGCGACAGCCUUUCUCACCAAGCUCUGCCUUUUUCUCUACUGCUGGGCUCUCAAAGACAAGUACUCUCAGAUCAAUAUUCUCUGGCAAGAUCACCGGAAUGAUCUUCUCAUCAAUGGCUUUGGUAUCCUCACCUCCGUCGGUGGAUCGAAGCUGAAAUGGUGGAUCGAUCCCAUGGGGGCCAUUAUCCUCUCCUGCAUCAUUACAUCUGUCUGGCUUCACACCGCUUUCACCGAGUUCAUGCUUCUCGUUGGAGUUACGGCCUCGGUCGAAACGCAGCAGCUCAUUACCUAUGUCUGCCUGACCCACUCUGCUGCGAUCGAAGGAAUCGACACUGUCCGAGUCUACCAUUCCGGCCCAAGACUGAUUGCUGAAGUCGACGUGGUCAUGAAUGCAUCUUCGUCUUUGAGAGAUACGCAUGAUGUUGCCGAAGAAUUGCAGAUCAAGCUAGAGAGCUUGCCCGAUGUCGAGAGAGCUUACGUCCAUGUUGACUAUGAGACAACCCAUAAGCCGGAGCAUGCUUACAAGAAAGACAUCUAA